AUGUCAGUUGGUCUGAGAGCAGCAACAACCCUCACUCAGCUUAAGGUUUUCAUUUCGAACUGGUGUGCUAUCUUUCGCAACCCGCCUAAACUGUUUAGCUUUGCAAGUCUUCUAAUGGCUAUGAAUGAUGUGAGGGAACCUUUGAUUUCAGCACUAGGAGAUCCUUCACCUCAAACAAAUCAAAAGAAACCUAUGAAGAGUAGAACAUAUCGCCGUUGCAAAAGUGCUCCUCUUGCAGAGUAUGUACCCUUAAAGACAACCGACACUGGCUCAGUUCCAGUUACUGAAUCCAUUCUUCAAAAUUUACGCCCGAAUUUUCAGAAAGUAGCUCUAUUCUUGGCUGUCUACUUAAGCAUAGGAACUCUCUGCUUCUACCUCGUCAGGAACCAGAUCAAGGGAGAGAAGACAAAUGGAGUUCUUGAUGCUGUUUAUUUCUGUAUUGUGACAAUGACCACUGUUGGAUAUGGAGACCUAGUGCCAAACAGCAUUCUUUCGAAACUACUGGCUUGUGCUUUUGUCUUCACAGGAAUGGCUCUUGUUGCGUUGAUCUUGAGCAAAGCAGUCGACUACUUGGUAGCAAAGCAGGAAAUAUUUCUUGAUAAAGCCUUACAUAUGCAUCAAAAAGUAGGUUGUAUUGAAGUUCUUAAAGAUGUUGAGACUAACAGUUUGAGGUACAAAUGCAUUGUGGCCUUUAUCCUUCUUUCGGUAAUCAUAAUUGCUGGCACAAUCUUCCUAGCUACUGUUGAGAAAUUGGACCUUGUAGAUGCAUUUUAUUGCGUUUGUUCUACCAUCACAACCCUGGGGUAUGGAGAUAAGAGCUUUUCAACUCGAGCAGGGCGCGUUUUUGCAAUAUUCUGGAUAUUGACAAGUACCAUUUGUUUAGCUCAGUUUCUCCUCUACGUUGCUGAGCUAAAAGCCCAGAACAGGCAAAGGGCAUUGGUCAAGUGGGUUCUUUCUCGGAGGAUGACAAAUGUAGAUUUGGAGGUAGCUGAUCUUGAUGGUGAUGGGGUUCUUGGGGCUGCUGAAUUUAUCAUAUAUAAGCUCAAAGAGAUGGGGAAGAUUAGCCAAGAAGAUAUUAGACUUGUGAUGGAGGAAUUCGAUGAUCUCGACGUUGAUAAGUCAGGGACCUUGUCGACAUCAGAUAUAAUGCUUGCUCAACCACCUCAAACAGAAAAGUCAUAUGGAUAA